CUGGUGCUCGGGAUUUGUUUCCGCCUGCUGAGUUACUGGCGCUGCAAGCAACAACAUUUCAAAGAUGGCGUCUAGACUGUGCAGUUUAUUGAGGCCCGGGAUGGCUUUCUUUGUUAUUCUCUGCCUUUGUGGAUUCAUAUGCGUCCAAUGUACCGGCGUGCGCUACGACGUGGCGGGCAGCUCGCUAGAAGACGUGUACCACCAGGAGCUGCGGUCGGCGCGGGUGCGGCGCGGUGCGGGUGCCGGUGAGGUGACCAAGAAGCCCGUCCCCGAACUCAAGAAGGCCCUGACCAAGCCGCCCCCGUCCAAAGAGGCCACCCCCCAGAAGGCGGCAGACUCCGCCAACAACAAGCCGACGUCGGCGGAGGCGCCACUGGUGUACGGCAACGCGUCGGCAGUCGACGUCCCGGCCUCUGCACCCAACGUGUCCAGUCACGGCAUCAACGUGACGCUGCCCGGGAAUGCCUCUGAGACGACGUCGGAAACCCCCGUGUUGCCCACGACGCUCAGCGAGGACGACCUGGAGAGCAUCGUGGAGUCUGGCAACGUGACACUGCCUCCCGGCUACGAGAACCGCACGGACCAUCACGACUACUACAACACGACGUUCUACUCGGACCCCGCCACGGUCAAGAGCCUCUGGACUGACCUGGACUCGCUUCCCAGUGAGCACGUCAUCACGCACGACAUGCUUUCUGAGUCGCACAGGCGUGCUGCCACGGUGAACUUGACCUUUGACUUCCCCUUCUACGGACACCCCAUACGGAAUGUCACCGUCGCCACAGGAGGGUUCCUCUUCACGGGAUACAUGCUGCACGUGUGGCUGGCGGCCACCCAGUUCAUCGCCCCGCUCAUGGCCAACUUUGAGACCUUCACCAGCAACAGCUCGGCCAUCAAGUAUGUCGACAACGGGACUUCCUUGAUAGUGGAAUGGCAUGAGGUGAUGCUGCAAGACAAGCCUGAUGGUGGAAACUACACUUUCCAGGCUGUACUGCACAAGAAUGGGGACAUUGUAUUUGUCUACAAAGAUCUGCCCGUGCCCGUUACGGAAAUCCCAGAUAAGAGUCACCCCGUCAAAGUGGGCAUCUCGGAUGCCUACAUGUUCGACCGCAUGAUCUUCUUUGUGAAGCGCAAGACCAUCUACGAGUAUCAUCAGGUGAACAAGAAGAGCGACGUCAUCAGGAGCAACACAGCGAUCUACUUCACCGCUCUGCCGACAUGCCUGUCGCUGAAGACAUGCGCCGAGUGUCGCACGGCCAAGCUGGGCUUCAGCUGCUCGUGGUGCGACGCCGUCCAGCGUUGCUCGAGCGGCAUUGACAGGCACCGCCAGAGCUGGCUCGAGAACCAGUGUGACCUCGAGGACAAGAAGGACGCUUCCAUGUGCUCCUCGUCUGCUGUUUCUCCCAUGCCUCCGAAGCCAGCACCCACUGCCAACGUGCCGAGCACCAGCGGGAAGCCCAUGGGCCCGUCGACUGCCCCAUCCUUCCCCACCUCCAAGCCGCGUGGCAACGUGGUGGAAGUGGUCACUUCGUCCGCCAGCGACACUGCCGCUGCCCCCGCUGCGCACAGUGCCUCCGAGGGAGACAAGACUGCGGCGAGCGCCGUGGGCUCUGGCACGGUGGUGGCCAUCAUCAUGAUCCUGCUGCUGGUGGUGGCCGUGGGGAUGUGGCUGCUGUAUGCCUACCGCAAUCCACAGACCCCUGCCGGACAGUUCCUCAUCAAGUACCGUCCGAGCCAGUGGCGUCUGCAUGGGGAGGCCCGGUACACAGCCGCCACGUCGAUGCACAUCUGAAGGGAGCGGUGCACUGGAGGCGCCGCCAGACCGGACCCCCCUCACGGCCGCGAUGCCAGGAGACUGGAAGGGCCGUCGUGACCACACGAGAAACUCGCCUUGGCACUCCUUGCCAGGGCGAGGUCCCCUUUUCCUUUCUAACUUUUCUUAGUUUCUUCUUUCUCUUAAUUAUUUCGGGGCAAGCUCCCCGACGUUGCCAACUAACGUCUCCCCAAAGCAAAGAAAGAGAGAGAGACUCACAAAAAAAAAAAGAUCUAUCCUGGAAGUUUUCUAGGUGAUGGCACCCUAGAAAGUUUCUCGGAGGUGGUAGGUUUCCCCAUGCAUCUGCAUCUAAGCUCACACCUCCCUCCAAACAAAUAGAGAAAGAAAGACUCGCAAAAGAGGGUAUCCUGGAAGAUUUCUAGUAGCCGGCGCCAUUUCUAAGGCUGCCAAUCUCCAAAACCACAAUUUAUUUUCUCUCUCUCUCUCUCUCUCUCUCUCUAGGUGAUGACAACCUGGAAAGUUUCUUCGAGGUAGUAGAUCUCCCUAUGCGUUUGCCCUAAACUGGAACUUUUCCCUGCAGCUAAGCAUUUUCUCUACAACUUUUUCUACAUAUCACGAAUUUGCUUGCACAUUUUUCUUAUGGAUCGCAUUUAUUUCUCUUAGUGGUGAUAACUUUUUUCACUUGUUUUAGCCAUUUCGUAUCAAAUUAGGUAGACUCUUUGGAACACGCAAUUUUUCUUUGCUAAUCUCUGCAGGUUUCUGAAGUUUCUCUAUGAAUUAAUUUUUUUUGUGCAUGGAUAAUUUUUUAGGGUGUUUUCCAUGAUCCCUAGAAUAUUCUUGGGAACUAAGUCAUUCACGGCCGUCGCAUUUGACUGACGUCGUUUCCACAAUCUAGUAGUUUGAAGAGUUGCGUUAGGCAGUCGGGGAGCUUGCGCCAACAUGUGCCUUAGCAGCUCUGUUCCCCUUUCACAAUCCCUUUUCUGACCUUUUUUUCUUUGUGUAAGAGUGUUUGUUUUGACAUUUUGAGUGUGCUACAGUUUGAGGGCACAAAUUUUUCCUGCUUUUAUCCCCUCUUUAUGUAUGUUGCAUCCGUAGCCGAUAGUGAUGACGCGGGCACCUUGAUUUUUGUCUCUUGUUCCAUGAGGUGGGUGCAGCUUUACUGGAAGGCGUGGCUUUGAAAAGCUCUUCGGUUGCACGACUGCUCGCGUCAAUCAGCCGAGUUCCAUGGCGUCACACCCGGUCCCCUGCUACACAGGAGUCCGGCCUUCUGGAACAAUUUCCUCGUCAGUUUGCCCCCAUCCAAACCUCGUCAAUGUACCAUUUCUCUCCGUCAAGUGCCUUGCAGAGAAACGUGUCCAAGAAGGAUUGGGAAGGCACUCUCCACGCAGGGAUGCACGUUCAAUGUUGCCGAGCCAAUUGGCCCGUCUGGCGUACCUGCAAAUUUUGAUUGGUGGGCUAGCUACCCUGCGUGCACCUAUUGGUUUGCCGAAUAUCGAACUGGAAGGUGUCGACAGAGGCGCUGUGCAACGAGUUGACAAUCGACCAUGAGGCUUGAGACUAAUAUUUUGUGACACCUGCAGUAUUUUUUUGACACCUUCGAAUCUCCCUGAAGAUCUCUGUUUUGGGGCUUUUUUUUUUUUUUUUCUUCACAUUCCAGGCUGUUUGUGAACUUCUCAAAACUUGCUUCUCCCUGUUAUGAUCUGAUUGGCCAUCGGCAUUAGCAUUUAUUUGAAAGCCGUUGGUUAGGCCUAGCCUUCAGCUAAACCUAACCAUUGGUUAGGCUUAGGCUGCAUUUAGGUUCCAACUAUUGGUUAGGUGUAGCCGUUAUUUAGGCCUAAUGCCAGUUAGGCCUAACCACCUGCUAUGGCUCCACCUAAUUUUUAUUAUCUUUACUGCACUGCUUUUAAUUUUAUCUUGAUUCUCAAGUUUUAUUCUACAUCCUACGUAGGCUAUUAUGUUUUUCUUCAUGUUUAGUGCUAGCUAAUUAAACGACACCACAUCGCCUUUCCCGCUUUGGUACUCGUUGAACCAGUAACUUCUGAGAAUGUGAGGCACUUGGAAAGUUAUCUUUGGAGAAUGGAACUUUUGGAAAGAAGCCUGGAAAUGAAUCUUCAUUGAAAGCAAGCUUCAAAUUUCUGUGCCCUUUGACCCGACAGUGGAAAGCAGGGCAUUGCUUGAAACGAGGCUAAAGAACACCUGCUGGAGCCCGAGCCAAGUCCGCGUCUUUCGUGGUCCGUGUCCACAAGCUUUUCCCUCACGUUCGCAGCGUGAGCACCCUCUUCUCGUUCGGGUUUCCCUAACUACCGCAAACCAUAUACUACCUUCGAUGUACAUAAGCGUAUAUACAUAGUUAUAGUACAUAGUUUAUAAGUGCGUAACCCACGUUAUGCCUGUGAUGCUCAUUUUUUUCCCUAACUUGUUUCCCAAAUAAUGUCGGCCGAGUUUUUAUGAGUAUUGAGGUUGCCAGUGUCCGGGUGCCACUGUAUCAUGUGCACGGGGGGAAAACCGCAUCGAGUUAACGGGGGAUCGGGAGCCAGUUUCCGGCUUGACCAAUCGGCUGUGACUCCGACCACAACCGAUGCUACGAUCCGACGGAGCCGAUCAGGCAGCUCCAAAAGCGGAUUGUCCUGGCUUUCUUUGUCUUUGGGCAUUUACCAUCACCGGAUAAACCAAUCGGGAGCAGUGAAAGUGCCAUGACCCUGCACUUUCAGUGCACGAGUGCCCCGACAGUGUUCUUUUGGCGCUGUUUAAUUGGGUCGUGGCGUCGGCUGCGGUCAGACUUGCGUAAAACGGAGAAUCGCGAAAAGAGUCUGAUGUGGUCGCAUUUUUUGUAUGGCCAGGUCGGGCGGAGAACACGUCUCCAUGAAUUCUGUAAAAUGUAGACGAAAAGUGAGCGUAAACGGGGGCUGCAUUGGCUUCUUUGUACGAGUGUCUUUGAAUUGUGCACACGACGCUUUUGCACCCCUUGAGUUCAGUUCUUCUACGAAAGGUGCAUUGUUUGUCGGCCUUGCCCAAAGCUCGGCAGUGCUUUUCGAUGUCGGAAGGACGAGGCUUGCUUCGUUCGGAGGUCGGCCUAUUUUUGUACAGAAGUCCUUCGUCGCGAAUGUUUGCCGAGAACUACGAGGCUCGCAAACAUGGCCGAGAAAAGUUGGGAAAUUCCUUUACAAUCUCGAUGAAAGACAGAAUGGAGGAAAGUUUGUUUCCGAAGAGCUUCUGUAAUUAUCACGUUGCGGCGGUCACGAGCGCAAAGCACGUGAGGUGUGAAGGAUUACAGUUUUCUUUUCUCGCAGGAACUUCGGGAGACAGUUGCCGUUGGUUUAGCAGAAAUUUUAUCGAUGAAUUUGCGAGUGCGAAUUCUGUUUUAGCUUCUACGCAUGCCAGGGCACAUAAAAGCCUUAAUGAACCCCUCUUUUAUCCGGAGUUUUUUUUUAACCUUUGUUGUUGUUUUUUUUCUUUGCUAGGUUCUUUUAUUUUCAUAUUUUUUUUAGGACUCUCAUACUAGCAGUUGUAAUUAUAGCUUGGUAACUGCUCAAGUUUGGAGAAGUGCAAGCUGUACGGAAGCAUAUAUUUGGAUAUAAAAAUAAGUUUUGUCUUGGCUCAAACACGUACCUGUCCCAUUGCACCAGCAGCAAUUGUUCCGAGAUAUUUUGCGUGAAACUCGCUGGACAACCAUUUUCUUUACAGAUUAAGAUUUUAUGCAAUGUAAGAAUUUGUACUGCAUAUUUCCAAAGGCUUACGAGAGCUCUCUAAGCAAAUAAAAUUAAUGCUCGACGUUUUGGA